UUCACCACCCUAGCUAGUUGCCAUUGUUAAAAGAAGUUAAAGUUAUGGCCUUAUCCAUAGCCACUUUCCUCUUAAUCACUCUUCUUUCUACGACAUCUUCAGCUUCUGAUUCUUGUGCUUCUUCCAAAGGUAAUUCAGACCUUUCAAUCAUUCACAUUUAUGGGAAAUGCUCACCCUUUAACCCACCUAAACCUUCCUCUUCAUUUCUCAAUACUGUUAUCAACAUGGCCUCAAAAGACCCACAAAGGCUCUCUUAUUUAUCCAGCUUAGUAGUAUCCAAAAAGCCAACUAUUGUGCCCAUUGCUCCAGCCCAGAACCUCUUCAAUAUAGGUAACUAUGUGGUCAAGGCAAAGAUUGGUACUCCAGGCCAGCUUAUGUACAUGGUCUUGGAUACUAGUAACGAUAAUGCAUGGGUACCAUGUAGUGGUUGUGUUGGGUGCACAUCUAAUACUUUGUUUGCCCCAACUACGUCCUCUACUUACGGGUCAGUAGACUGCUCCGUACCCGAAUGUACUCAAGUCCGCGGGCUCUCUUGCACGAGUACUGGGUCGGGAUCCGGGUCAAGUGCUUGCUUCUUCAACCAAUCAUAUGGCGGAGAUUCAUCGUUCUAUGCCACGCUGUCACGUGACUCACUUGGACUAGCCAAUGAUGUUGUUCCAAAUUAUGCUUUCGGGUGCAUUAGUGCUGUAUCUGGAAACGCAAUACCGCCCCAAGGGUUGUUGGGUUUGGGUAGGGGCUCCAUGUCGUUAAUGUCACAGUCCGGAUCACUUUAUUCGGGCGUAUUCUCAUAUUGUUUACCAAGUUUUAAAUCGUAUUAUUUCUCCGGAUCACUCAAACUUGGACCCCUGGGUCAACCCAAGAAUAUCAAAACUACCCCAUUACUCAAGAACCCGCGCCGACCAUCAUUGUACUACGUGAACUUGACAAGUGUAAGUGUGGGACGAGUCCAGGUUCCCAUUGCCCCCGAGCAACUUGGUUUUGACUCGAACACCGGUGCAGGAACCAUAAUCGACUCGGGGACGGUCAUAACCCGAUUCGUCCCACCGGCUUACAAUGCAAUCCGGGAUGAAUUUAGGAAACAAGUGAAAGGGCCCUUUAGCUCGUUGGGUGCAUUUGACACAUGUUUUGCAUCACCAAAUGAAGCAGGGGCACCAGCCAUCACAUUGCACUUUGAGGGAAUGGAUUUAAAGCUGCCAAUGGAGAACACUUUGAUACACAGCAGUGCUACCCCCUUGGCAUGUUUGGCAAUGGCAGCAGCCCCAAACAAUGUGAACUCAGUGUUGAAUGUGAUAGCCAAUUUGCAGCAGCAGAACCUCAGGAUUUUGUUUGACACUGCAAAUUCUCGCGUGGGAAUUGCUCGUGAAGUUUGUAACUAGAUUACAAAGAAACAUGUUGUUAUCAUGUCUGCUUUAAUUUAAUGUGUUGUUUAAUUUGGAAGAGAAAAUACACUCUUCAAUUUAAUUAUCUGAAAGUUCAAUAAAAUGUAACUCCCCUUGGCGAAAAAGUUCAUCAAGUGUAAUUUCUUUGUCUGACUAUUUGCAAUGGUUGUUACAUUACGCAAUAUAAUGAAAUGAUUUGGAGUAUAA